GCCAAGUCCAGCGGAUCGAGAUCGCUGACUUCAUUCCGGCGGCUCCUUCGCGAAGAUGGUCAACAUGAGAGAUCGGCUCUCGGCACCGCAAACUAACCCUUGCCCGUGUGAUCCGCAGCAAUGCAGAGCCGCAGUUUCGAGACAUUCACCAGCGUGUGUACAGGCGACGUGACACAAGCUGACGGCGAGCGUCUGGUGACAGCGAUGGCGUCCCCUCCUGCCCUCCUGUUGGGGCAGGACCUGGACAGCUGGCUGGAGGACAUAGAGAGCGUGCUCUGCCCCCACCUUCCCGGCAAGCUCGACCAACUCCCACCGGACGACCUCGAAGGCCUGCUGUGUCCGGCAGGAGACGGCGGGGAGCUGGAUCAAAUCUUCCUUGACAGCCUGGAGAGUGUCCUGUACCCUGGGGGCACCUGGAGCUGGUGCCCAGGGGAGGGAGCCGUGGGAGGGAGCAUGAGACCUGAAGAGACAACGCUUCGUACGGACCCCCGCGGAGGAUCGCCAGACCCCCAGUCCCGGGGAGGAGCAGACGACGCAGGCGGGGGUCCCGGCCCGCCGUGCCCCCCUGAGACACCGGCACCUCCUUCCCCCGUGGCCGGCCGGGGACGGGGGAGGGGGGCGAAGCGGAGGAGGGGUCCGGAGGAGGGACAGGAGAGGAGGGUGGAGGAACUGACCCGGGAGAACCGGAGGCUGCGGGACAAGGAGGAGGAGCUGGCAGCUCAGGUCCAGGAGAUGAGGGAGCUCCUCAUCCGGAGGGUGGUCGAGGGUGUCUGA